GAUUGGCUGAGAGCGCUGAUCCGGGUACUGCGCUCGAACGAGCCCAUUAGCUAAAGGUACCAAUAUGGCGGAGGCUUCCCUAGGGAGUUCAAGUCCAGUUGGCUCUUUAUCGUCGGAGGACCAUGACUUUGACCCAACAGCAGAGAUGUUAGUUCAUGAGUACGAUGACGAGAGGACUCUUGAAGAGGAAGAGUCUCAGGAGGGAGGCAGGAAUUUCACCUCGGAGAUUGCAGAUCUCGAAAAGGAGGGUAACAUGCCUUUGGAGGAACUUUUUGCCAUCUAUCGCUACGAGGCCUCAGCAGGCUCCAGUAUAGACAGCUCAUCGGGAGACCUGACUGAUGAGCUGCCUGACAUGACUCUGGACAAGGAGGAAAUAGCGAAGGACCUGUUGUCUGGGGACUACGAGGAGGAGACUCAGUCCUCAGCUGAUGACUUGACCCCGUCAGUCACUUCCCACGAGGCUACCGAUUUCUUCCCAAGAACACUUCGAUCAAACGCCAUCUCUGAUGGCGAUAAAGAGUCAGAGUGCGAUGAAGAUGGCCCAAGCCCAGAAGACUCCAGAAAGGAAAUCAUGGUGGGGUUGCAGUAUCAAGCAGAGGUUCCUUCUGGUCUGUGUCACUACAAAGAGGAGGAGAAAGUUUAUGAGGAUGAAGACGAGUUAUUAUGGAGCCCAAGUAAACUCCCAGAAAGCAAGGUUAGGACGUUCCUGUCUGAUGUGUUAUCACGGACAACAAACGAAAAGACCGGAUCUGACAAACCGUGGAUGCACGUUCGAGAUGAUGAGCAGGCUUUAUGCGAGCUUGUCAGGUGCAACUACAACAUCCGUGAAGCACUAGAAAGGCACUGCAUCCGUGUAAAGUCUUCAAAAGAAACGUCACCGCCGUGGUCAGAAGAGGAAUGCAAGAACUUUGAGCACGCACUACAAAUGUACGACAAGAAUUUUCACCUCAUACAGAAACACAAAGUCACAACACGAACAGUAGCUGAAUGUGUGGCAUUUUACUACAUGUGGAAGAAGUCUGAGCGCUUUGACAUCUUUGUGCAGCAGAAUCGAUUUGGGAAGAAAAAGUACAGCAGCUAUCCUGGUGUAACCGACCUGAUGGACAGGCUGGUGGAUGAAGCCGAGGGACUGGCGGUGGAUAGUUCCUCCUCCGUGUGUUCAGGAGCAGGCGGAGGAGGAAGACUGGAGAGCACCACGGAGCAGCAGCUCAGCCUGCUCAACUCCAUCACUGCCAGCGACCUCACAGCUUUGAGUAACACUGUAGCCACAGUGUGCAACCCCGCAGAGGUCGGCUGCAUGGACUCCUACAGUUUUCCGCCGCUGGAGAGCCUCCACCGCGGGUCCCUGAACCACGACGAAUCCCUCGGUUACCCUUCUAACGGCGCCGACCCCGGCUGCCUCAACAUGCUCGACGCCGGCUUCUACCACUCCGAUCUCGGCCAGCUCGGAGGGGUGUGCGUCAACAAGGACUGCGAGCGGCCCUCCAAGAGACUCAAGAUGGCCCUGCCCGACGCCUUCAUCAACGACGUGUCCGUGGGCAACCUGGGAGUGGACUUUGAAGCGCGACGGACAACGACGCAUCACCACCGGAUCACUGGCGCCAAAAUGGCAGUGUCUGUCACGGACUUCGGGAGUUUGGCUGGCGGCGGCGAGCCCAACGGGUUCCUGGGAGCACACGCACGGCACCACACACAGCACACUGCAGCACUUCAGUCAGAGUGACCUUCCUCGUCUUCACCCCGUGCUCUUCCCUUUGGAACUCUUUACCCCAGUUGUACAAAAGACUGACCUCACUGGAGAAUCCAAUUUGUUAGAAAAAUAUUAUAUAUAUAUAUAUGUGUAUAUAUUACUUUUUUGUUUUCAUUUUUUGUGUAAUAUGACAUCAGUGAUGUCUAUCAUAUAGAACUAAAAAUCUUGAUUUCUCAAGAGUUUAUAGCCAUUUAUUUUAUUCUCGUUUUGCGCUCUUGAGAUGUGACGUCCAUGUGCGGAGCAGGAGGAGAGUCGUGUAUCUUACUUCCUCACGUCUUCAGAGCUGCAGUGUGUUAUCCUGCCAUUUCUUUCAGCUGCCAAAACCGGCUGCGUCUUCUGCCUCUAUUCUCAGUAUUUAGUUGCUUGUCUUUGUUGGUUGAAGUGGUACUUUUUUAAACUGAAGAGUUUGGUUUACAGGUACUUUUUAGUAGCCAGGCUGGUGUGAAAUAAGCGUUGCUAGAUAUUGUAUGAAGAGCAACACUAGCAUGGAGAUUAGCUAGCAGUGUGGUUAAGGUCAGCAGCUCAGGCUUUCCAGUCUAGUUUAUUUCUCCUGUGGAAGUGUCCAGUUAACCUGUUCAUUUACUUUCUAAACUGUUCAGCUGAACUGAAACGUUUGAUUUUGUUUUUGUUGAAUCCCAUUUAGAAAAACUUAAGUCCCCAAAUCAUUUUUCUUUUAAAACGUUAAACGACUAAUGAAGAAAACCUGUGCAGAGUAACAUCAGCUGUGUUUAUUGGGUUGGAUACAGUUAUUUUGAAAAGUAAAUCUGGACUCUUCCUAAAAAGAUAAUUGGUCUUAAAAACUAACCAUAAAAGCAAUAUUAUCGGUUAAUUACUUAGACAGCUGCUGUAAAGUGUGUAUUUAUUACCUAUACUUAAGUUUAAUCCAUUCCAUCAUGCUACACUAAUGCAAGUUUAAUUGAAUGUGUCCUUUUUUCCAGCAAACAUAAUGUCCGAAUAUGCUCUUAAAUCAAGUAAUGCCAUUUUCCAGCCACUUAGCAAGCUGCUAGCAGUAUUAACUCUUUAUUUAAAGCCACUUAGUUUUUUUUAUUAUUCAAUCUCUGCCUAAUCUGUACUGACUAGAGAACGCCUUGUGUAAUCUAGUCAACGGUUUCUUGCAGUCCAGUAGCAGAAAUGGAGCUGUUGUCUCAUGACUGUCCAGAAUUGUGAAUUUUUAAAUGUUUUUUGCGGGUCCUCUCUGGUCGAUUGGAUGCAGUAGUAGUGUUUACUUAAUUUAUCUAUGCAUUGUGCUAUGACUAAUUAGUUUGUUUCAGGGGUACAUCAUGUUUGUCAUGUCCUUCCAUGUAGUAAUUCACCGUUCAGUGUGUACAGACAGGAUUCAUGCUUCUAAACCGUCAGAGAGGAUAUUCACGGCAUUUCAUGUAAAUAUUUAGCAAAUAGCCUUUAAAAGUCUAUUAACUGACCUCUUACACUUGUGAAUCUAUGUGCAUAGAAAGGUUUUAAUUUGAUUCCUUGACAAAAGGCAAUAAUUUGUAGAUAUGUACAGCUCUUUUGGGUUUAGCAUUUUGCCAGUUGGUGUGUGAAUAUACUUUCUCUCUUUGGGAAGCCCUGAUCCCCCCCCGGACCCGGCUGUACCCGCGCAUGCCAGCUGUGUCGGUUUUCCCAUUGUACCACUGAAAAUGGCUUUACCUGAAGACCUAUUGAUAUUACCUAUUAUGUUGCAAUUUUGCCUUCAAAACUUGCAGCCACGUGUAAAAGACGCUCCUCGCUUUUUUUUUUCUUCCAUAUCUAUCUUUGUCUUGAUGGUAAAGGGAUGGCUGCUGUUCUAAGUAUGUGGAGCGUUCGUUUCUCUUUUAAUGCAAUGUGCAUAAUGCAGUAGGUCCUCAAAGCUCUUCUAGCUUUAGCAGUGCAGUGAUAUUUAUUUCACCUGUGGUUUGUACAAAGACUCAGAAAAACUGUCAGAAUGUAAAGGCCAUUAAGUAGUAGAAGUAGGUUUUCACCUCCCUGUGAACUCUCGAAAAAUGUGAUAUUUUAUUGAUAUCUCCGGUAUGAGACGUGUGUGCAAGACAGCACUAAACAAAUUAAUUUUGUAUUGUGUUUGGAAGUUUAAAAAGGAAUAACAAGUAUAGCAGUUGUGGUUUUGAAAAAUAACUCAAGUCCUCUGAUGAAAACAAACUCCUUUUGUGAAUAUAAAAACUACAGAACCUAACAAUGUAUAUCCAGAAAUAUAGACAAUCAAAACUUCAAUAUGAGAAAUGUUCAAGAAGCUAUCUUUAUUGUUUAUAAGAAUUGUACAUAAACAUUGAGUUUUCUUUCUCGUUUGGUUAAACAUUAUUUUGUAUUUCUGUUGUACUUUAAUACCUUGUGUACAGAUCCAGAAAUAAAGCUCUGGAAAAGGUG